AUGGGGUGGCCGAGGUGUGCUCUGGCGGUAUGGGCUGCGGCGGCGGUGGUGGCGAUGCUUGCGGCGGCGGUAGGGGAAUCCGAUGCCGGUGAGCUCGAGCGCGCGUUUCCGAUAGUGGAGCCGGAUUAUGGCCACACUAAGCUCCGUCUUUCAAAAGAAGGCUUGGAGGCAAUUCAAAGGAUCAAAACUCCAAUAGCCGCUGUCUCUGUUAUUGGUCCAUAUCGAUCCGGAAAAUCUUUUCUUCUCAACCAACUUCUCUCCUUAUCAUGUGAUAAAGGUUUUGGAGUUGGUCACAUGCGAGAUACCAAAACAAAAGGUAUAUGGAUUUGGGGUACUCCCGUUGAGGUUGAUGUUGAUGGCUCCAAAGUGUCUGUCCUUUACUUGGACACUGAAGGAUUUGAGAGCAUUGGGAAAUCGAAUGUAUAUGAUGAUAGGAUAUUUGCUCUGGCAGCUGUCUUGAGCUCUCUUCUUGUCUACAAUCUCCCUGAGACGAUUCGUGAAGCUGAUAUAUCCAGACUUUCAUUUGCUGUUGAACUUGGUGAAGAAUUUUAUGGAAGAGUGAAGGGGCAAGAUGUUGCUUUUGAGCCAGCAAAACUUCUGUGGCUGAUCCAGAGGGAUUUCCUCCAAGGAAAAUCUGUACAGCAGAUGGUUGAUGAAGCUCUCCAACGGGUGCCUAACACCAAUGGAGACAAAUAUAUUGAUGAGGUCAACCAAAUCAGAGACUCUUUGGCAGUUAUGGGUGAUAACAGUACUGCUUUUAGCUUGCCCCAGCCUCAUCUACAAAGAACGAAGUUAUGUGAUAUGGAGGACCAAGAACUUGAACCAUUGUAUGUACAAAGGAGGGAUGAAUUGAAACAGUUAGUUGUAUCCAUGAUAAAACCAAAACUUGUGCAGGGUAGAACUCUAAAUGGAAAGGAAUUUGUAUCCUUCCUAGGGCAGAUACUCGAGGCUUUGAACAAAGGCGAAAUUCCAUCAACUGGGUCACUUGUUGAAGUUUUCAAUAAGGGCAUUCUUGAACGUUGCUUGAAGCUUUAUAACAAAAGAAUGGAAGGAGUGGGUCUACCAGUAUCAGUGGAUAAACUUCAGCACGUUCAUGUGUUGGCAGAAGAUGAAGCUAGAAAGCUUUUCGACAAGCAGCAUUUUGGUAAACAUUAUGCUGCCCAAUCCUUCCUCAAUCUUGAUGAAGAAAUCAAAAAGGUCCUCAGAAACUAUGGCUUAGCUAAUGAAUAUCAGUCAUCAAAGCUUUGUGAAGCAAGGUUCUCAGAGUGUGAAGACAAAAUGGAUCACCUUCAAGCGUUGAAGCUUCCUUCCAUGGCAAAAUUUAAUGCAGGAUUUCUUCGCUGCAAUCAAAGCUUUGUAAUGGAGUGUGUGGGGCCUGCGAAGGAAAACUAUGAGCAUCGAAUGUCAAAGAUGCUCGCAAGGUCCCAUGCUCUUUUCGUUAGGGAGUACAACAACAAACUCUUCAACUGGUUGGUGGCCUUCUCCUUAAUCAUGGUGGUCAUCGGGCGUUUUGUCAUAAAGCUUCUUCUACUUGAAGUUGCUGCAUGGGUGAUGUUCAUCUUCUUGGAGACGUACACAAGGUUGUUCUGGUCAUCUGAUUCGCUCUACUACAACCCCGUCUGGCACAUCAUUGUCUCAUCAUGGGAAACUAUUGUGUACAGCCCUGUUCUUGACCUUGACAGAUGGGCUGUCCCGAUUGUUAUCAUGGUGUCUUUUUUAGCUCUUUAUUGGCGUUGCAUCGGUCCGAGGCAACGGAGCGGCCGAUCGCUGUUACCCCUGUAUAAUGGAUCUUUCAGAAGCGCUAGUCGCCCAAGGACAGAUUAACCCCUUGCACAUAAGAGAGACGGAACUGGAUGGAUCGAUGAUGCAAAUUGUUAGACAGGAUCGACGAUAAAAUCGGAAGGCAAUGGUCUCAGAUUCUUUUCACUCCCAUGCAUCAGGAUGGGUGAACAUGCGGCAAACGGGUGCUGCUGACACGGCACAUAGACCGUAACAUAAGCUCCUCUUGUAACCAAGUACAGAAUGAUCACCGCCAGCGAUGGCUGUACAGUAUCUAGCUCUUACGGUUUACAAUUCAGAUGUAACCAGUGCUAAUUUAUGUAAUAUAACCUUUCACAUGUAUACCGUUCGUGAUUGGCUAACUGCCUAAUGUAAAAUGCAGGUGUGUUUUACAUGGUCAAUUGAACAACACUGUGCAAAAAUUAUA